ACUAUUCAUGUUAUCUAUGGAUGGUUAAGAAACCUACUUUUCUACUGCUGUGUAAUGCAAUUGUAUGCUUGUUAAAAGUAGUUUGAGAAACAGAAGUGAAGACGAUUGUUUUUUUUAGGGCAACACCUUGAUUUAUAAAUGAUGGCUUCAGUUUUUUGAUUUCUAUCAAUGCAAGGUAUUAUGUAACGUUUGUGCGAAAUAGAGCAUUCGAAGGAAGUAUAAGACAUAUACAGAUUAACAUCAACAUGAGCUGCAAGGGAACUAUAUUAUCAGGACUGGAUGCAGCACUCCUUGAGCUUGGAAUGCUAAGUACUGUAACAGAGAGCAGGCAGGAUUACUUGCGGGAGCAGAGGCAGCAUCACUGUGUUCCCAACAGACCUGCUCUCAAUGUGUUGCACAUAAAUACCCGAUAUGUGACAAACGUUGUUGUUGGGCGACAUAAGAACUCCACAGUACGACAUAAGCCCUAUCCUGGACCUUGCUUGGCUCGGGAAGAGAGAACUCGCACAAAGAGUGAAAACUCUGAUGUGGAUUUAGAUUGUCACCAUGGUAUUGCUUUGUCUUCAUUUCCUUCUCAGCAGUUUGAAGUCAACAGUCUUCACAAAUCUCGAUCCAUGGAAAGUGUUACAAUAAACUUGUCUGAUGAUGAAUGUACAUCGCCACCAACACAGGAGGUUGAGUCUGUUUCCAAUAAGAUACAACAAUUGCAGGUUAAUGAAUGAACAUGUAACUGUGUUUUGUGUUCACAGUUGUGAUCCACUGUGAUGUAACUCACUGUGCACCAUCUUAUAAGACAUAUGUAAUUCUUGAUGGCACAAUCCAGAUUUUUUUGAUUUAUGAAACAAGCUGGUACCUUGUUAUGUAACCACAAACUUCUAAAAUAUUUAUUUAAAGGUUAGAAUAUUUGGCAAUGAAUGUAUGCAUGUUCCACAUAUUUAAGAACAGUAGUGAUUUUAUUAAACAUAUGGAAGCCUGUUGUACUGGAAGAGAUACUA